CGGAAGUCUGUCUGCCGCUCUAUGCUGUCUGAUCCAUUAUUGUUGGUUUCAGUCCUUCCCAACACGUGGGACCGCUAAGUAUCCAUCUACCGCUAGCCAGCUAGACGCGUGGCUCCAGCCGAGCAGGUAAGACCCGAGCCGCACACUUUAUGGGUGAGUUCAGUUAGAAAUCGUUAUUAGUGUGAAGGGAUAAACAUAAGCCGGUGCUGUGCGGGAGCAUGACAUGCAAGGAAUGAGAUUGUAUUGGUGGUUAGAAAACUCACUUAGGAUGAACAUACCGGCACAGUGAUGAACCACGUGAGAGCCACAGGACAGCAAGAUUGUUUAUAGUCCUGUACUGAAGUUAUCAUACUGCAUUCAAGUGUGUGUGUGUGUGUGUGUGUGUGUGUGUGUGUGUGUGUGUGUGUGUGUGUGUGUGUGUGUGUCUAUAUAUAUAUAUAUAUAUAUAUAGACACACACACUCACUCACUCUUAAGGCAGUUUAUGGGUUAAACUGUUCAAGAACGGUUUAACCUAUUGAGGUAAGAGUGCCUCCAGGGGCCUCUUGGCACCAUAGCCACUUAAUUUAAAGGAAGUUGUUUUGGUGCUUGGAGUGUUCAUUUAAGUGAAUAACCUAACCCAGAAUAAAAUGUUAGACUCAAACUGCCAUAUACAGGCAAACAGAACUGUUUGUCACUGACAGUGUGACUUUUUUUCCCCAGUGAUGCCAAACCCAUGCAUGCAUGUACGUACCUGACAUCAUUCACCAUUGAUUUGUGAAAGUGAUAUAUUGAAUGCCUCUGAGGAUUUAGGUGACCGUGUUGGCACUUGGAAAGGUGUUUGUGUGUGUGUGUGUGUGUCUUUCUAUUUAUGCAAUCUGAUGCAGAGAUGAGUGUCGUGUCAUGGACUUCAUAACAGGAAACCAAUGGAAUUGCUGCUAGAGCAGUAUUGAAGGUCAUUCUUUAGUAUUGAUUUUGUUUCAUUGUGAAAUCUUACGCUAUUAUGUGUUAACGGAACACUACAGUGUCAGGAAUAUAAACAUGUAUUACUGAUACUCCAGCAUUUAACUAUUUAGGUCCUCGGCCCCCCUUAGAAUGCAUGCCUCUAUGGCUGAGAUUGUCAGUCUUGAUCUCAGCCAGUCUAAUGCUCUCCCAUAUGAAAGCACUGGGAGGCUAUUGCGCAGGCACAGUAAAACACUGCGCUGUGCCUGUAGUAGUCUCAUAUUUGUUGUAAACUAAUCACCUAUCAGAAAUGCAUGCUUCAUUUUCAUUGGUCACUAACAACUGUCAAUCAAAAUAACUGUCAAAUGCAAAUAUUAUUGCCAAUUCCUGUCUACUGUUGAGACAGAAUUCUUGAUUGCACAAGAUUAAUAAACGUCUGCAUGUUCAACUACAGAAUAAAUUAAAAAGAUGUUCAUCAUUCCUUAUUGUUACACGAUGAUGUACUUUUAUUGGCAAAACAGCACAGCAAUCUUUUUGAUUUAUUCUUUGUUACUUAUACGGGAAGGCAGAGACUGAGUCAUUACACCCUUAAAGGAACACUAUAGGAUUUCUAAUACAAACAUGUAUUCCUGAUCCUAUAGUGAAAAAAAACACAUGUAGGGUCCCUUGCCUAUCCUAAAUAAGUCUAAAACUUACCUUCUUUGCAGGUCUGCCAGCACUUGCUCUGGCCCAUUUCCGCCUCCUUGGCUGACAUCAUCAGAACUGAUAAUCUUAGCCAAUUACACUGCUUUCCUAUAGGCAAAGCAUUGGAUUGGCUGAGAUUGUAAAUUCUGAUGAUCACACCAAGGAGGUGGGGGGGUUUCUCAAAUGCAACCCUAGCCAAUCAGCAUCUCUUCAUAGAGAUACAUUGAUUCCUUUAACGCUCUGCAUGGUGCUGCCCUCUGUGCAGCACUGCCCCAGGAAGCACCUCUAGUGGCUGUCAGAGGAGUGGACACUAGAGGUGUUCCUAGGCUAUAAUGUAAACACUACCUUUUCAUUAAGCUGUAGUGGUUCUGGUUACUAUAUGGUCCCUUUAAGAGGCAGAUCUAUCAACCCUAUCUGUGUCCUAGAAGGAUAUGUCAACCUUUCCACAAGUAGGCUAAAUCACAAAAUAUGAAUGUCACAUUCAUAUAGGCUUAAUUUUUUUCAAGACUAAACAAAACCCUUUGAACAUUAAAAAAUAAUAGGGAUUAUUACAUUUUGUCGUGUUUUUGUUGUUGUUUUUUUGUCAAUCAUAUGAAAGAUUUUCGUCAAAGAGAUAAUAUGCAAUCACCGGAAAGAAAACGUCCUAGAUACAAAACCGUUUUGUAGCAAAGGCUGUGCUUUAACAGAACAGUAGGAAGAGUCCCUCUGCGAGAAUGGUGUAGGAUUAUUCUUUGUCAUUGGCCAAGAGGAGAUAGUGAACACAGUGUGUUGAGGCCAAAAGGAGCUCACCAAUAGUGUGGUUUGGUUUUGUGACAUUUGUCAUAUUUUUCUCUUUAUUCCAUGUUAAUGUGGGGUUUUUUUUGUGUGUGUUUGUAUGUAUGUAUGUUAAACCUUAUGAGGAUGGCAUAAUAAACUUUCAGAUAAUGUUUUUUUUUUUUUUUUUUCCUCAGCAUACAAUAUGAAGUAUAUACUUGUGACGGGUGGAGUGAUUUCUGGCAUUGGAAAGGGAAUUAUUGCCAGCAGCAUUGGAACGAUCUUGAAAUCUAGCUCUCUGCAUGUCACCUCCAUCAAAAUUGACCCCUACAUCAAUAUUGAUGCUGGAACCUUUUCUCCAUAUGAGCAUGGUGGGUAUAAUAACAGCUAUCUGUAUUUUGUACUGUUGAUAUGUACAAUGUGGGGUUGUGAUACCCUGUAUUUCCCACAGCACUAUGAGUAAUGGCAAUGGUAGUAAGUCCCAAUGUUAAAGGGACACUAUAGUCACCCAGACCACUUCAGCUCAAUGAAGUGGUCUGGGUGCCAGGUCCCUCUAGGGUUAACCCUGCCUGCUGUAAACAUAGCAGUUUUAGAGAAACUGCUAUGUUUAGAUUUGGGGUUAAGCCAGCCUCUAGUGGCUGUCUUCCGGAUAGCCACUAGAGGCGCAUCUGAGAUGCUGGAGGCAUAUUAUGCUUCCAUCACGCAGAGUGUCCAUAGGAAAGCAUUGAAAAAUGCUUUCCUAUGGACACUUUGAAUGCUCACGCGGCACUGCCGCACAUGCGCAUUCCGCUCCUCUGACGUUGGCAGGAGAGGUAAGGGAGCCCUGUCGGUGGAAGAAGUUGAGUAACUGAGGGGGUUUUAACCCCUUCAGCACCACGGGAGGGGGCGCCCUCGGGGUAGUAUAGUGUCAGGAAAACCGAUUUUGUUUUCAUGACACUAUAGUGAUCCUUUAAGCAAUAACAGUAUGGUAUGUUUGAGAUUGCUAUUAGUUUACCGCCAGUAGUAAAUAUUUUGAAGGAAGUGCUACAUGAGGCUUUUCCAUCCCUGAACUGUACAUGCAUCAUCAGUAUGGUCCAUUUUCUGAAUCAUAACUUUUGUCAUGGAGAUAAUGUAUUGAAUGUGAAUAUUGAGCCGUAAUUAUCACAAUGUGCUUGGUAUCUGUCCAAUGUUUACUAUUUUUGUAUUUGUUUGUAAAUGCCAGGUGAAGUAUUCGUGCUGGAUGAUGGAGGCGAAGUCGAUCUGGACCUUGGGAAUUAUGAACGUUUCCUUGACAUCAGACUAACCAAAGACAAUAAUUUAACCACUGGCAAAAUCUAUCAGUCAGUCAUUAACAAGGAGAGGAAAGGGGAUUAUCUUGGAAAGACUGUGCAAGGUAAGUGAGAGACGAUUGGGGAUUAAUAACAUCUAACUCACCCCAACAAAUCUAGCCAAAUCGUACUCUCCAAAUGUUAAUUUUGUAUUAUCCGUGUGGCUUGAGAGGGGGUUAGUAUCCAGGCAUUAGAAAGAGCCUUGAUUUAUGCCCAACUCUUCCUCUUUGGCUUGAUAUUAAACUUGGGAUCUUACCUAGACACUCUAAACCAGGGGUGCCCAAAAGGUAGAUAUCUUAAAACUACAGCUUCCAUGGUGUUUUGUCAUUCUAAAGGCAUGAAAAGCAUCAUGGAAGUUAUAGUUUUAAAAUACCUGGGGAUCUACAUUUUGGGCAUCCCUGCUCAAAUAACGGUGUUUUGGGUGGAAUAUCCUCUGAUGUUUUUGAGAAAAGUGAAUCAACGCAGGCCCUUUCUUAUAACAGAAUGGUCAUAUAAUUUUAUAUAUUGGAUACAUAAAUGAUAUGUGUUUUCCUGCUUUGUGCAUUCCUGAGCUAAACUACAUGCAUUAGUAAAAGGUAUAGAGGCAGGCUUUAAAGGGACACUCCAGGCACCCAGACCACUUCUGCCCAUUGGAGUGGUCUGGGUGCCAACUCCCAAUACCCUUAACCCUGCAACUGUAAUUAUUGCAGUUUUUAUAAACUGCAAUAAUUACCUUGCAGGAAUAACUCCUCCUCCAGUGGCUGUCUACUAGACAGCCACUAGAGGGCACUUCCUCAUUCAUAGCACAGAAAACCUGUGCUAGAGUGUCGUGUGUGAGGAUCUCUAUGGGGAGCGCUAAUGCGCAUUAGGUCUCACCGGCUGGUGGGCAGGAUCAGUCCUAUGUGAGGACCUCAGGAUUUUCAAUGCUUUCCUAUGGAGAGGUCUAAUGUGUGUGCGCCAUUCCUUUGAAAAUAGAAGUACACCUAGAACAUGGGUACACAUAUGGUGAAGAGACAAAUAGUGGGGUUUUUUUUUUGUUUUUUUUUACUUUAUUCAUGCUCUUUGGCAUUUUCACAUAUCCCCUGAAUUGUAUACACGAACAGCUCCUAUUAAUUAAAGGAACACUAUAGGCACCCAGACCACUUCAGCUCAUUGAAGUGGUCUGGAUGGAGUGUCCCAUGUCCCUUAACCCUGCAUAGGAAAUCACUGUAGUUUUUAAUAAACUGCAAUAAUUAACUUUGAGGGUUAACUUCACCUCUAGUGGCUGUCUACCAGACCAAAUGCAACAGUUAUCACUGGUGCUAGCUCCACCCCCUUGGUGACAUCAGAAUUACCGAUUUUAUUUUAUUUUUAUUUUUUUAAGCCAAUCCAAUGCUUUCCCAUAGGGAAAGCAUUGGAUUGGCUAAAAUCUGCAAGGGGCGGGGCCGUUUUGGCCAAUUAUCACCACCUCAUAGAGAUGCAUUAAAUCAGUGCAUCUCUAUGAGGAAAAUUCAGCAUCCCCAUGCAGAGUGUGGAGACGCUGAACGGCACUGCUGCCUACUGUGCAGCACUGAACCAGGAAGCACCUCCAGUGGCCAUCUGAGGAGUGGCAACUUGGAGGUGUCCUUAGGGGCAAUGUAAACACUGCCUUUUCUCUGAGGCAUUAAAAUGCCUGAAGGCAAUGGUUAUACUCACCAGAACUACUACAUUAAGCUAUAGUUGUACUGGUCACUAUAGUGUCCCUUUAAUGAUAUUCAUUACAAAGCAAAUAUAUCUAAAUUGUACUGUGGGGGAAAAAAACCAUUUACUGUAUUUUCUUAAAAUGUCAACAUUUUUCUUUUCAGUUGUCCCUCAUAUAACUGAUGCAAUCCAGGAAUGGGUGAUGAGACAAGCUCUAAUUCCAGUGGAUGAGGAUGGCAUUGAACCAGAAGUCUGUGUAAUAGAGGUGGGUGUUAAACUUUGCUGUGGGCUUCCAUUCAUUUAAAAUUGCUCCUGUUACUCAAUCAGUAUUGUUUCCUUCUAGCUGGGAGGUACGGUGGGUGAUAUUGAGAGCAUGCCGUUCGUGGAGGCUUUCCGUCAGUUCCAAUUCAAAGUUCGCAAAGAAAACUUCUGUAAUAUCCACGUCAGCCUUGUACCCCAGGUGAAAAGAUUACUUUUAUUUCCCACUACCUUUGGGCUUUAUAUGCAUACUGACUCACUCUCAGAAUGAAGAUCUUGCUAUACUGAGAAUUAUAUUGUAUAUAACGUCUUUUGGUUUUCUGUGUCCUUUACAUAGCCCAGUGCUACAGGAGAACAGAAGACUAAGCCAACACAAAACAGUGUUCGGGAGCUUCGAGGACUGGGCCUUUCACCAGACCUUGUGAGUAACUUAUGUCAUAACGAGUUCUUAUGAAAGAGUUACAGCCUACCAUAAAUUGUCCCUUUCUGCGCUGGUUAGAGCAGUGGUAGUGUCACUGCCGUAGAACUGGGAAACCCUGGUUCGAAGUCUCACUCAGAUCACUUUACCAGUAAGUGUCAUUGGGUAAGACGCCUAACAAUAUAUAUCCGCCUACUGAAUAUCCCCUUUCUGUAAUUGUAAAGCGCCGUGGAAUAUGUUGGCAUUAUAUAAAUGCUAAUAAUACUCAAAAAAUAAUUUUUUUUUAUUUUUUUUUUAUUUAAUUUUUAGCUACAAAGCUUUAAUUAGGCCUCCUUUUAUCAUGAAUGUGCUGGGAUAUCCCAUUUUACUUGCUUUUUUAGUUUUCAUUAAGGUGAAGUACAAAGCAUUUGGAAUUACAUCACAGGCACUCAGUGCUUCUUCAAUAGAAGGCAGCUAUAGUCACAGCUUGGCUCUUAGAGCCUGAAUUUUGAAAUUGAGUUUCAUUUCACUGUUUUAUAAAUUAACCCUGCGGAGUUAACAAUCAGCUCCCACUUGUUUCUAUUGGGAAAUUUCAUGCAUGAAUCAUUAAUGUUUUGCAAAAAAUACAUCUCAAUAUUAAUUGAAGCUACAGUAAUCUUUGGUUGAUGUCCCCAAAAGAAGCCCAGUAUAUACAAUGUUAUGUCGUGCAUUCUUGGAUUCACUUCCAGCCAUGUGCAAUAACUGCCUCCUGCUCUUGUAACAUAAACGCAUGGAUCUUUAUGCGAGCUUUAUGCAGUCAAAAGAAUAUUUGCAUAGAUUUCAUUGUUCUCAAAAAUUCUUUGUUGGCUUCUUUGCAUACAACUAUGGUCUCGAAAAGCAAAUCCCAGAUGUGACGUUUUUCCUCACUGUACCUAGAGUGUCUAGCACUGUGUCUAUGUUCAUAUCACUGCCAGGGUCCCAAAGAACACUAAAAUAAUCCAGUUGCUGGAUCUCUAAUACAAAGGAAAACUGCGUCGGUAAGUUCAUGCAAUAAAACAUGCUUGAGACCUGAACGAAGUCUCCCCAAGGGCAAGAUUAAGGAAAAUGUAUUCAUACAUACUGUAAUUUUCUUUUCCUGGAUAAAUCCAUAGCAGCAUCACUAAUUUGUAGCUCCUCCCCUCAUUAGUGAUGCUGCCAUGGAUUGUCCAGGAAACUGUUUUUGCCCAUUUACAGUGUUACCAUUUGAUUAUUUUUUUUUAAAUUUUUUUUUUUCUCUUCUCUGCUCUCCUUAUUGCAAUGGUCACCCUACCUGAAUCAUCCAAUAAUAUACUCACAUGCUCAAUGUUGAGGGUUCUUAUGUAUGUUCCUUUUCGCUAUAGGUUGUAUGUAGGUGUUCUACACCCUUGGAUACAUCCGUGAAAGAGAAGAUAUCCAUGUUCUGUCAUGUUGAGCCCCAGCAGGUACAGUCCACAUUCGCAAAACCAUAGACAUUUGUUCGUGAGUUUUUUUCUUUUGUUUUUCUUUUUCAACCUUUGUGCACUGUGUUGGUUACCCACUUCAAGGCUGCCUAAGUCACGUGUGCUGAGUGUUCGCACAAAUGCAAAUUACUCUGGAUGUGCAUCGUUUCAAGCAGAAACACUGCACAUCCAGACUCCUGCCACUAUGACCAGUUCAAAAAGCAGAGGUGCUCAUGGUGGUUAGAGUAACCCUUUCAUUUUAUUACAUUGCAUCUUCCCAUUUUGGGAAUAUUUCUUUCACUAAAGUAAUAAAUGUCCUUUGAUGCCACUACCAAAUCUGUGUAUUUUAGGUCAUCUGUGUACAUGACGUCUCCUCUAUAUACAGAGUCCCGCUUCUGUUGGAAGAGCAGGGGGUUGUUGAAUAUUUUCGCAAUCGUUUAGAUCUCCCUAUUGGCCGUCAGCCACGCCGCCUGCUAAUGAAAUGGAAAGAAAUGGCCGACCGGUGAGGCAUUUUAGCUGCUUGUCUCUCAUCAGAAAUACUACUACAUCUCUCUUAUCCUUACAGAAUGAUGUAUGUUGUAUACAGUUUUUAUGAGUUGGAGGAAAGGAAAAUUCUUAAACUGAUACUCCAGACCCCUAAAGCACUUUGGCUUGUUUAAAGUGCUUUGUGUAAAAAGUGUUUUAGUAUAUAAAUUCAUUAUGGGUAUAACUACAAAACAGUGAUUAUUUUAUUAUGUUUUGGGGGCAGUGUGUCAUGAAGUGUUAUGUAUUCUGACGUUCUCCUUUUGAAUAAUGUGAACCCUGUCAGGAGUAUUACUUACUUAACCUAUAAUUCCUCCUGUCCCAGUACUUCAAUAAGUAGAUUUUGAAUAAAAGUAGUAUUUUUGCAGAUAUGAUCGCUUAUUGGAGACGUGCAGUAUCGCACUAGUUGGAAAGUACACAAAGUUCUCAGAUUCAUAUGCCUCAGUCAUUAAGGCCCUGGAGCAUUCUGCACUGGCUAUAAGCCACCGCCUGGAAAUUAAGGUAUGUGCACACUGAUAAGAAACACAUGUACCCUAUAUUGGUGAAACCUGUCGACAUGCUGAAACAUCACAUUAUCAAAACUGUAUUCAGCUCAGUGCAUUGAUGUUCUAGGGUAGAACUGCUUGUACAACUCCCUUACAUACACAACCAUGCAAGUAAAUAAGCCACUUACCCAAUAUAAUUUUUUUUUUUUUUUUUUUUUUUAAACAAUACAUUGUGUAAAUGCCCAAAUGUGCAUUAGAAUGCAUACUUGUGUAGUGUGGUUGUGGUUGCCAUUUUAUUUGUGUUUGUGUUAAUGGAUAUGUGCACUGUGUGCAUGCAUAGUAUAAAUUCCUUCAUAAAAUGCUAUUGGAAACUCCCCGUUCAUUUGAGUUGCUGUCAUGCCUGAAGUGAGGUGGUGCUCGGGUGAAUUGUCUAUAAAUUGUGUGCCGGUUUGGGGGAGAGGGGUAAGAAAGAGUUACAGUAAACAGUUUAAAAAGGUACACUAUAGUCACCCAGACCACUUCAGCUCAAUGAAGUGGUAUGGGUGCCAGGUCCCUCAGGUUUUAACCCUUCAGAUUAAAACAUAGCAGUUUUAGAGAAUCUGCUUUGUUUACAUUUGGGGUUAAGCCAGCCUCUAGUGGCUGUCUUCCGGACAGCCACUAGAGGCGCAUCUGCGACGCUGGAGGCAUAUUGUGCCUCCAUCGCGCAGAGCAUCCAUAGGAAAGCAUUGAGAAAUGUGUUCCUAUGGAUACUUUGUGUGCGCGGCACUAUAUAUAUAUAUAUAUAUAUAUAUAUAUGUGUAUAUAUAUAUAUGUAUGUGUGUAUAUGUAUGCUUGGCACUCACCCUUUAAUGCAGGUAUCCAAAGAAAUUUUGCCUGGGUGCAAACCUCAGCGUAGUAAAUAUAUAAAUAAGGUGCACUCACAGGUCUUCAAAAGUGCUUCAUUUAUUUCAUAUGCAAAUUACAUGUGCACAAAAAUCUUCCAUUAAUCGACGUUUCGACCCCUAUAGGGUCUUGAAGACCCUAUCUGGGUCGAAACGUCGAUUUAUUGGAAGAUUCUUGAAGACCCUAUCGGGGUCGAAACGUCGAUUAUUGGAAGAUUUUUGUGCACAUGUAAUUUGUAUAUGAAAUAAAUGAAGCACUUUUGAAGACCUGUGAGUGCACCUUAUUUAUAUAUAUAUAUAUAUAUAUAUAUAUAUAUAUAUAUAUAUAUAUAUAUAUAUAUAUAUAUAUAUAUAUAUAUAUAUAUAUAUAUAUAAUCAAAUUACAUGUAGACUGAUACUGAUUAAAUAUAUAUAUAAUUAUUGUUAUACAUAUAUAUUUAUAUAUAAUAUUUAAAAAAAGUAAAUACGUAAAAAAAUAAAAUAAAAAAAUAAAAAAUAAAUAAUUAAAAAAUAUAUAGAUGUGUUAUUUCGUUCUAACUGUAUUUUGAUAUUAAUAUAUUUAUAUCAAAAUACAUGUAGAACGAAAUAAUAUAUCUAUAUACAUAAAUAUAUACGUAUCUAUCAAUAUAUAUAUAUAUAUAUAUAUAUAUAUAUAUAUAUAUAUAUAUAUAUAUAUAUAUAUAUAUAUAUAUAUAUAUAUAUAUAUAUAUAUUAAAAUAUUUAAAAAUAAUUUUAUAUAUAUAUAUUACAUAUAUUCUACAUAUAUAUCUAAUAUUUUUACAUAAUUAGGUAUCUUAAUUAAUUACAAUUAGCGGGACCUGCCUGACAACCUAUGCCGAAAGUAAAGGGAAUUUAAUUUGCUAGCACUAUAAUUAACCCUAUAACUUUCCAACACACCAUAAAACCUGUACAUGGGGGUUACUGUUCUACUCGGGAGACUUCGCUGAACACAAAUAUUAGUGUUUCAAAACAGUAAAAUGUAUUACAACGAUGAUAUCGCCAGUAAAAGUGACGGUUUUUGCAUUUUUCACGCACAAACAGCACUUACACGGACGAUAUUAUUGCUGCGAUACUAUUUACUGUUUUGAAACACAAAUAUUUGUGUUCAGCGAAGUCUCCCGAGUAAAACAGUACCCCUCAUGUACAGGUUUUAUGGUGUGUUCAAAAGUUACAGCAUCAAAUAUAAGGCUUGUGCUUCAUGGUUUUUCACAUUAAAAUUCGCCAGAUUGGUUAGGUUGCCUUUGAGACCCUAUGGUAGCCCAAGAAUGAAAAUUACCCCUAUGAUGGCAUACCAUUUGCAAAAGAAGACAACUCAAGGUAUUGCAAACGGGGUAUGUCCAGUCUUUUUUAGUAGCCACUUAGUCACAAACACUGGCCAAAAUUGGUGUUUUUUGCAUUUUUCACACACUAACAAAUACUAGCGCUAACUUUGGCCAGUGAUUGUGACCAAAUGGCUACUAAAAAAGACUGGACAUACCCCAUUUGCAAUACCUUGGGUUGUCUACUAUUGCAAAUGGUAUGCCAUUAUGGGUGUAAAUUUCAUUCCUGGGCUACUAUACAGUCUCAAAGGCAACAUAACCUAUCUGGUGAAUUUCAAUUUCAAAUGCAACGUGACCCUGUAACUUCCCAAAACAUCAUAAAACCUGUACAUAGGGGGUACUGUUUUACACGUGAGACUUUGCUGUAUACAAAUAUGUGUGUUUUAUUGCAGUAAAAGCAAACAGUAUAAUGACAUUGACAGUUAAAAUGUCAUGUAGAACUAAAAAAAUAAAAUUCUCCCAUUUUUUUUCACAUUAAAUUAUGUUUCACAGCUAAAUAUUUGAUAUUAAAUGAAAACCCUGUUUCCCCUGAAUAAAAUUUAUAUAUAAUAAGGGUGGGUGCAUUUACUAUGAAAGAGGUGAAAUUACGGUUGGACAGACAUGUAGCGCAAAUGUCAGGUUUUGUUUUGUUCACAACGUGUACAUUUGGCUCCGUCCUUAAGGGGUUAAUAUCUGUGUAAUGUUGUGAAUCCUUUUUUUUUUCUAUCUUUGUAGUAUAUAGACUCUGCCGACUUAGAGCCAGCCACUUUGCAGGAUGAGCCAGUGCGGUACCAUGAAGCAUGGCAGAAACUCUGCAGCUCAGAGUAAGAAAACAGACAUUUUAUAUUCAUUAACCAUGCCAGCAGCAACCACUCAAUAGGGUUGUAAGAAAAUACACUUUUAAACUAUGCAUAUAUUCUCCAUUUUAAUGAUAUGUCACUUUUUGGGCACUUUUUGAUACAUCUCCUUAAAUGUGAAAAUAAACGUGAUGAAUAAUUUAAAAUUAGGCAUUUCAAAUGUAGAAAUAUGUUUCUCAGUGAGUGUAAGAAUAUAGGAUGUCCAUUUAAUUUUGGGGGGAUUUUUGUUACAGUGGGGUGUUGGUACCUGGAGGAUUUGGAGUGCGUGGGACAGAAGGGAAGAUUCAGGCCAUAGCCUGGGCACGCAAACAGAAGAAACCAUUUUUGGGUGAGCGCUCGCCCCAUCGUAUUUUUUUUUUUAAAUUAAUUUAUUUUUUUAAUAAUAUGGUUAUUCUUGAAUACAUCACAUAUAAAUCCUGUUCUUACUUCUUUCAAAUCAUAUAGGGUCUGCCGGCCUUUCAAGUGCACAUUAAUUUGUUUAAAAUCAUUUUACUUGCAGGAGUGUGUUUGGGGAUGCAAUUGGCUGUUGUUGAGUUUUCUCGAGAAAUACUGGGCUGGAAAGGUGAGUUUUGUUAUCUAUGAAAUGGAACUUAGGGUCUUGUUUAUCAAUAUCGUGACAACAUAAUUUUGCUAGGAUAGUAGACCUUUUAUACCUUCAUGAAUUCCACUUGUUCAGUUUUUUUUCACAAAACAGAUAUUCACAAAUCGGUCCAAGUCAAGAUUGCAAUACCAUUUUAGGGGGCAUGAGAAUGCUGCCUUGUAUAUUGUUCUAUGAAUUUUUUAUUAGAAGCGUCACAAAUUCCUAAGGAGCAUUUGGUUAAUUAAAUGAGAAGAAAUGCAGGAAAGAUAGGGACUCUAAACUUUUUGUUUUUUAAAUUCCAGAUGCCAAUUCUACAGAAUUUAACCCACAAACCAGUCAUCCUGUGGUAAGUAUGUUGUCUGUUCUAUCUGUGGCUAGUAGGCUCUUUUCCAUUUCAGUGGCAUGUUCAAGAUGCUUUACUUGAAUGAUUAUUUUUGAUUAGGGACACUAUGAAUACCAUAAGCAUGCUCUAGUGGUUGUCUAGAGUACCACUUAAAGAAGAUUCUUUGUGUAAAAAUAUGCUUGCAUUUUAUCCAUUAAAAUGUUUAAAUUAUAGGAAUAUUUUUAAGAUUAAAGUAAGCAUCAGACUGUCUGUUCCAAUCUGAGAAGUGGUCACAGCCUUUGUCAGCAUUAUGAUGCAUGUGAUUUUACAAAGCGUGUCCUUAAAUUAUUUAUAGUCUUCACUUCGUAGUGCCUCUAGUGGCUUUCUACCUUCAGGGGCAGGUGUGUGGCACUGUAAAAAUAAUCGUAAAAAAAUACUUUAUAUUGCCAUGCAAAAGGUAAAGUUGUGGUUUUGGUAUUUAAAGUGUUAAUUUUAAUAACUAUUUCAAAACUUGACAGAAUUACUAUAUGUUCUCAAUAUACUAUAGUCUGCAGUUUACAUGCUUUCCUGUUGUAUAUUGAUAUGAUGAAACCUCCUCGUUAUUGCAGGUAAUUGAUAUGCCAGAGCACAAUCCAGGUCAGAUGGGGGGGACAAUGAGAUUAGGAAAGAGAAGAACCAUCUUCCACUCUCAGAAUUCAGUUUUGCGUAAGUAUGUGGACAUGUGUGUGUAUUGGUGGGGGAGAUCUAUAAUCUCUACCAUUGAUACCCAAACCUAUAAUUAUGUCCCCCAAUUCUCUCUAGGUUUGUGUUUAGAAUUUAUGAUGGGGCGUGGUGUGUUCUCAGCUUGUCUUUUAUUUGUUGCAUUAAAUGAGUGUUCAAAACAAGGCAACAACACAGUUACAUUUUUAAAUUACAGUUGCCUGCUACUUCUUGUUUUGAUAACUGUGGUUUGGGCACAAACCAUUAUUUUAUGCCAGUCAUGAAAACGUUCUUGUUUCAGGGGAAAGUGUCUCUAAACCAGUGGCCUUAUUUGCCACACAUGGAAAAACUACAUUGGCAAAAAGCAACAGUGUCUAAAAUGCAGUGCUCACAGACAAGAACAGAUAGGAUAGUUGCAGAACAGUGCAAAAAUACAGCUCUAGAAACACACUCUCCAGUUUAUGCUCAACAAUUUCUGUAAGAAGGUGUGUGGUUUUAGAGUGUAGAGUAGCCAUUUAACAGAAAAUGUAAUUGGUAUAUCCGUGGCCAAGUCUCAAGAGAAACAUUAUGUUGUGUAUAUUCCAAACCUACCCAAGGAUAGAUUGCUGAAUAUUUAGCCAUUUUAAGAAAAUUGUGACAAAAUUGUUUUUUUUUUUUGAAAUUAUUUGUUUAAACAGAGAAACUGUAUGGGGGCCAUGAACAUGUGGAAGAGCGGCAUCGCCAUAGAUAUGAGGUAAGGUCUCAGCUGCAUUUUACCCUCCUCUUUGUUUUAGGUAUUCACUUAAGGCAGGCUUUCUCAAAAGGUAGAUGCCUUGCCUCCGUUGCUGUUGAGCUAUAACUCAGAUUAUACUUUGUUUGCCUCAAUGCUAGAGAUGUUAGAUUGAAGUUGUAGUUCUACAGCUGCUGAGAGUCUACCAUUUGGACACCCUUUGACUUAAAGGCAUAUGAUUUCAACUCCUCCCUUCCAUUGUUCGCACUGUUUUUGCACCCUUUGUUUAUUCUUGAAUUGUCGUUAAUAUUCCCUUCUGUCACUUACCUGGGUCCAGCGGCGAUGUCUCUCGACGCUGGCUCAGAUCCGCCCAUGCUCCUCCCCCACCUUUAGGCGGCAGGGGAGACCUAAUGCGCAUGCGCGGCAAUGGCUGUGCUCGCAUUAGGAUUUCUCAAUAGGAAACUAAUGCUUUCCUAUAGGGAUUCCAAUGAUCCUGGAAGUGGUCCUGCAUAACGUGAGGACAUCCAGCAUCUUUUAGGCAACCAAAAGUCACCUAUCCAUCCGGAAGUCCCUUUUUAAUGGUUGUCUGGUAGAGUUAACCCUAGCAGGUAAUUAUUGCAGUUUAUAUAUUUAUUUAAAAAAAAAAAAAGACAGUUGGAAGAAUGGGGGAAAAUCGAGAUUUUGUGGUGGGGGAGAACUAACACGGUCAGAGCUUGUACCCUUCCAAAGUGGGUAUACUUGUUUCGUAUGGUACCCUUGGCUUGUUCAGAUAACUGGAUGACUCUUGCACAAUCUUUAAUUAAUAGGUUUAUUUGCUUGGGAAAGCACCCAGGAUUUAACUCAAAUCUUUAAGUGGUAAAAUGGGAGGUUUAGGGGUACCCCUUUUUAAAAGACUAUCAAAAAGCCUGUAACUUAUCACAUGCCAUUAUUAUUAUUGCCAUUUAUAAAGCGCCAACAGAUUCCGUAGCGCUUUACAAUAUUAUAUGGGGGGGGGGGAAUUUAACUAUAAAUAGGACAAUUACAAAAACUUCCAGGAACGAUAAGUUGAAGAGGACUCUGCUCAAACGAGAAGUCUACAGGAGUUUGGGUAUAAAACACAAUAGGACAGGAGAUGGAAAUCAAAUAAGGUGGUAGUAAAGCAGAGCUGGAGGAGAGAGUAGGAGAGAGCAAGAGAGCCCUUUAGGAGAGAGCAAGAGACAGGUAUGUGAGGUAGAGUUUAGUCUUGGAGGCCAUAAGCUUUCAUAAUGAUUGAAGCCUAGGGGAGAAGCUGAUGGAGGUAGUCAGGCUAUUCCAUAGGAAGUGUGCCGCCCUCAAAGUCCUGCAAGUGUGAGUUAACCAUACGGAUGUGAGCAGCGGACAGGAGAAGGUCAUGGGCGGAGCGGAGAGACCAAGAAGGGGCAUAUCUAUGGAUCUGUGAGGAGAUUUAAGAGGGGCUAGAUUUGUUCAAUACUUUAUAGGUAUGGAUUACUACUUUGAAUUGACUCCUAUAGAAUACAGGAAGCUAAUGUAAGGAUUGACAGAGGGGUUAGGUGUGAGAGGACUGACUGAAGAGGAAAAUCAGUCUGGCAGCAGCAUUAAUUACAGAUUGUAGCAUGGGUGAUACGGCUUUUGGGAAGACCAAUUAGGAGGGGGUUACAAUAAAUUACUAGAGCGUGGACAAGCUCCUUAGUAGCAUCUUGCAUCAGAAAGGGGCGGAUGAGGGCUCUGUUUUGUUUAUUUUUUGUUUUUGUUUUUUUACAUUCAAUUAUUUUUAUUUGUUUUUGAAACAAGUUGCGGGAUACAGAAAAGAAAAGGGGAAGGGGGACAUAAAUGAGUAGUACAAAACAAUAACCAAUGCAGUCAUGCCUGUAUAGUUACAACUUUCAUUGAUUGGGUCAGCUUGCGUAGUCGUUGCUGUAACUAUUGUGUGCGGAGCGCAGGCCCUAGUGGUCGUGUGUGCUCUGUGGCCCAUUCUCAAAGAGUUUGGUGACUGUAUGAGGUGCUUAAGUGGCACAACUAUGUACAGUGUGGGUAUCUCUCUCGCCCUUACUACCUUCAUUAUGGGAACGAUAAAUUGUGUGUGUAUUGUAAGCAUGACAACCACCCAUCGAGCCCUUAUGAGAUAUUGGUGCUUGAUUUUCCUGUUAGUCGUGUUCUUCCCCCUGAACUCUGUGUGGAUUCUUGUUUCAUAGUCAAGGUUCAUGGUGAUUUGUUGUAGCAAUCUCCUUCUCUCCGGUGCAAUCGCCUAUUUCCAGGUCCUCGCUAUCUGCAGAUUUGCUGCGAUUAAUAUGUGAAAUACCAAGAAUGCCUGAGAUUUUGUGUACCUAUCUGUCAUAAAUAGUAACCCUCACUCGGGCUGCAGCUUCAUUGUCAUGUGUAAGGCCUCAGAACUUUUUUUAACCACCCCCCAAUAUUCUUUAAUGGGUUGACAGAAUAUUCGUGCCCUCUUCCUUCCCACAUCUCCAGCAUUUAAAAAAAAAAAAUUUUUUUCAAACCUAGGGAUAAAUAUUCGCUAGCCUGGUUGGCACCAUGUACUAACUGUACUGGAUCUUGCGCAUUAACUCCAAAUGUGACGCACAUCAGGAUUUGCCCUCUGUCAUUGUUCUCUCAGAAAUACUUUGCCUAUGUCCAUCUGCAAAGCCUCUCUACCCUGAUCUGACACAUUAAUUGAUUUUGUUUAGUAUCGCAUAUAUACUUGAUAGUGUUGUUUUUUUUUUUGUUUUUUUUUUUUAUGAUCAUAGAUUCGCAUAUGUGUUAUACUUUUUCCAUCGUCUUUGGGGUGACUCGCUCUCUAGGAGUGAUUUGAGCUGCAAAUAUGAGUACAUAGUGUGGUGUGGUAGGUUGUAUCGCUUUUGGAGAUCUGGGAAUUGCAUUAGUGUGUUGUGUUGGUAGAGAUGUCUGACCAGUGUACAUCCGCCCUGUGUCCAUGGCCGGUAGUUCAAGGUCGGGUUGACAAUUUGAAGACUAUACAAGGGAGUCGCUAACGCCCAUUUUUUUUCGUGUAAUCCAUGUGUUGUCUGGCUGCAUCCCAUGUUUGCAGUAGUAGUGACGUGAUAUUGGGCAUAUCCGGUGUUUUGGGGCGCAGUUUAUGGGGUUUCCAAUACAGGUACUUAGGGCACGUGCACAUCGAUUCCAUUUCUACCCAUUGUGGCCUUUCGUCCGACUUGUGAGACAAAAGGACCAUGCAUACGAGGGCCGCUUUCUAGUAUAAGCGUAUAUCGUGCAGCCCCAAGCCUCCAUCUUCUAUAGUUCUACAUAAUACCUUAGUUGAUAUGCGUAUUUUACGAUUUGCCCAGACAAAUCUAGUUAAGAUCUGUUGAAGUUUGUGUAAGUAUGCAUUGGGCAGGUGAAUUUGCAGUGUGCGUAUCAAGUAGUGGAAUUUUGGUAGCACAACCAUUUUAAUAGCAACUAUUCUACCCACCCAUAAUAAGUAUUUGUCUUCCCAACUUUUCAAGGUUUCAGUGAUCUUUCAUUAGUCUACCAUAGUUAAGUUCGUGGAGACCUGUUAUAUUUUUUGGGAUCCGCAAUCCCAAGAAGGUGAGAAUAGUUGUCUCUCUAAUCUAAGGGGAACGCAGUUUUCAAAUUGGGCACUCCCACCCCCAUCGCCUGCGUUUUCAUAACAUUCAGUUUAUAGUAUGACUGAUCACCAUAGGAGUGUAUUUUGUUCAGACAGUGACAUCUGUGGCUGCGUGAGUGUCAGCAGUACGUUGUCUGCGAACAGGUUGGCUUUGUAUUCUUUCCCCCCCACCUGCACGCCAUGAAUGGAUAUUUUCUCUCUAAUUUUUAUCGCCAGAGGUUCCAAUGCCAGGACGUAUAAUAUGGAGGGGGGAGGGGGAGAGGGGCCUGUCUUGUGCCAUUUGUGAGCUGUAAGGGAUCCGACAGAAACCCAGAGUUUAACACCUGCGCUGAUGGUGAGCUAUAUAAGGCCUCUAUCACUGACCCAAACCUUGACAGAACUGCCUUUUAGGUGCAAUCGUUCAAAGGCUUUUUCUGUGUCAGGGAGAAAGCUGUGUCUGAAGCUUAUGGAAGAGGUUUAUGACCUUUCUUAUGUUGUCCGAUUCCUGCAUUCUGCGGACAAAGCCAACCUGAUUUAUGCACGACAUGUGGUAGUAUGGACCCCAGUCGUACCGCGUAUAGUUUGGCGAACAAUUUCGCAUAUUAUUCAGGAGUGAUAAAGGGCGAAAAUUCUGUGGGGAUGUUGGAGGUUUGUUUGGUUUUGGGAGUGUUACGAUAUGGGCUAGAAGUAUUUCUUUAGGUAGAGUUUUAUUGAUAAUUGCGUCGUUGAAUGUCUGCACUUUGCAGUCUAACCCCAUCUAGGUAUUCCGCAAUACCCCUGUCUCUUGGCUGCCUGGUUAGUCUGUCGUCUUAUAAGUUAUAGAGCCUGGAGUAAUAUCUAGUGAAUUCGCCACUAAUGUCUUUAGGUGUCGUGACCUUGGUUCCCUUACUGUUUACCAGAUAUAUCUUUUGAUUUGACAGUUUUUAGACGUCAUGCUAAAAGUUUACUCGCUUUGUUGCCUUGUAGGUAGUGGGACAGUUUCAAUUUUGACAUAUGUCUACCAACCUGGUCUAUGGCCUGUUGGUGUAUAAGUCUGGUUAUUUGGAGUUUGUCAUUUCACCGCUACAGUCGGUGUAAUCUGAUUUUGGGUAUUCAGGUCGUAUAACUCCUGUUGCAACUCCCUAAGUUGUAGUUUGCAUGAGCUUUUCAAUAUAUGCUGCCCUCCGUAUCAACAGCCCCCGUACCACGGUCUUGUGGGCCAUCCACACUGUUGUGGGUGUUGCCUCCCCUGUGUCGUUGAGUUUCAAGUAGGAACGUAGAUCCUCAUUAAGUUCUUUUGUAAAGCUCCCAUCGUGCAACAGGGAUUCGUUGAUUUUCCACAGGCUGCAGUGUUUAAAAUAAUAUAUAUGUUUUAACUCCAGCAGCACUGGUGCAUGAUCCAACCAUGUGAUUUUGUUUUAUGUCGCAUGAAACUAUUUGGUUUAAGUUGGAACCUGAGAUGAGAAAGCUAUCUAUCCUAGAGUAGGAGUUAUGGACUGUGGACAAGUGCGUGUAUGCCUUGUCCUCCGGUUGUGGGAUUCUCCACGUAUCAUAGAAGUGAUAUUCAUGGAGGAGUUUUUGAAUGGCUUUGCAUUGACUUUUUAAAGGCCGAUUUCUUCGGCUGUGUUGGGAGAGGGUGGUGUCCAUUUUGGGGUCGCAAUGACAUAUCUGCCGUUGAUGUCAAUGUCUUGGGGUUGUAGGUUAAACGUGAUGUCUCUGUUUAGAGAUAGACGCCCCUCUAGAUUUGGUGGGGGAUGUGGAGUGGUAUUGGUGAGGGAAUUCUGUUGUCAGUAUCUUAGGGAAGUCAUUGUUUCUAAAAAAAAAAAUGGAUCUCUUGUAAGCACAAUAUUUCAGCAUGCAGUGUUUUAAGGUCUCCAGUGAGAAGAUGUCGUUUCGCUAGGACAUUGAGUCCCCGCACGUUAAAGGUACAUAUUCUCAUGGUGAUUGCUGUGUACGGAUUGCGGUAGAUUGUGUUAAACAAUUUAUGAUUGUGAGGGCCAACUCUCUCCCCAGCAUUAACAAGCCACGCAGUGUUUCCCUCAGUUCCCUCAUAGUGAUAUUCCCCAAUGUAGGAGGGAGAGAUUAGAUUAGUCCUUGUGCUGUUAGGAUUUGAAGCACGAGCAUGAAGCAGUGUGGGGCCACCCACAAGCCCCCUUCUAUGAUAGCAAGCAGUAUAUCAGCAAGAAAAUAUAUACAUAAACAAUGAACACCAGAAAAAUGGCUAGGCACUGCAUCUUCAUGCCAUGGGGGUUGAAGCUCCCUCCCCAAAGUGCUUCACAUAUAAACACUUAUUUUACGUAAGCCCAAUACAUUUGUGCACCUGUCCCUAGCAUAGAAUCCCUAAGUGAUAUGGAGGUACAAGCAGGCAGUUGCACGUAUGUCGGAACCUUAGGUCAAUUCCGAGCGGAUCGUGCGCUAGCCCCUAGGCACUGCGGCUUAGUUGGACACUGGUAACAUUUGCCAGCUAUGCUCUAUCCUGGUGCCCUUAAUUGGUACCAGCUUCUCAUCUAAGCAAGGUUUUUUUUUGGUUGUAGUUUUCACCAUGGAUCCUAUCAGGGCAUAACAGUGCCCAGGGACUUAUACAUGGAUCCCUUGUGGGAUAACGUUUCAUUAAUCCCCUUUGCUAUGGUACAUGACACUCUCCUGCUUUUGGUUACAAGGUUAUAACAUUGCCAUUACUACAUUACUCAUCCCGGUAUCGGUUAUCAUGGCAUGUGCGGUCAGGGCCCCUUUUUCAUGGAUAUUGAGCAUGCAAUGGUCCAUUUAUCUUUUCUUCACUCCUUCCAUUCUGGGGAGAUUCUAGCUGUAUCUUUCUCAGCGCUUGGGUGGUUCGAUGGUGUGAUGUCCCAGGAUCGCAGCAUUCGGUCCCCGUCCUCAGGAGUCUGUAUGAUUGUGGUCUUCCCUCCUGGUUACUAGGAGUUUAGUAGGAUACCCCCAUCGAUAGGGUAGACUAUGUUCUUGCAGUAUUAAGGUAAUAACUCAGCAGUCUCGUCGUUGUUUGUGUAUAGGCCGAUACAUCGGUGAAAAUAGUUAUUCCCCUGUAUUCAGCCAGUAGGCCUUUGCUCGUUCUGUUUGAUUGAUGAUAGCCUCCUUAACAUGGAAAUAAUGCAGUCAGAGCAGUACAUCUUGUUGCGUUUCUGGGGCUUUGCUGUGCGAUGAAUCCUGGGCAGAUCAGGUACUAAUAACCACAGUAGGCCUGUAACACGGGCCAUGAGGUUGUUUGCGCCCACUCUUUCUGCAAUGCCCUUAAUUCAAAGAAAAGAAAGGUACCUGCGCUCUCUACUUAAUCCCUAUGUAUAUUUAGACAAAUGGAGGUCAUUUAGGUGCUCCAAUGGCCAUUGGAAGGAAUGCCCGCCUGCCAACGUCAAGGCAGACCCCUCCCUAAAGCGGGUUCUACACUAACUUUUCAGCCUGCUUCCUUGAGCUUCUGGCAAAGAUAUCUAAAAUGUCUAAAUAUACAUAGGGAUUAAGGAGAGAGCACAGGUAACUUUUUCUUUUCUUUGGUUUUUACUAUAUAUUGGGGCUGAUGUGUACUGUAGUCAUUGCUGCCAUCCCAGUAGUGAUGGGAGUGAGCACAGGACUUAUCUUUUUGUAAUGCCCUUAAUUCGCAGGUUAUUUCUGCGGGCCUGGUCCUCCAUGUCUGCUAAUUUCACAUCUUGAGCAUUUAUCCUGGACUUCAGCCCCUCCAUUCUGCCCGCCAGAUCAUUGUGCGCUUUAGCAAUCUCCGACAUUUUAUCCUCAACAUGAGAGGUUCGGUUACCCAAUUCUAGUAGAUCUUUGCGGAGGUCUUCUAGUGCGGUGUCAAGUUUGGAUAAUUUUUCAGACAACUAGUUGAGUAGGCUUUUCAUCAGGCCAUGUGUCAGCGAGGGGUCUGGCUCUGGUAGCUGCGCGGCCUGUUCAGGCUCGUCAUCCGCGCCAUCUUGGGCCUGAUCCGGCGGCUGUAAGUUCUUACUGUGCCCAUCUUUGGAGACAAAGAAAUUUGUCUUUUCUGACCUCUCUGUGGUUCUCUUCCCCUUGGGUUGUGAUAUGUUGGUGAGUUGGUGGCUUUCUUUAGGGCUUAAUUGCUCAGUAGAAGCUCUCACGAAGCAGGACACGCCUCCUGCGAGCUAUGUUUUUAAGAUGGAAUCUACAGGAUUGUAGCAUACUGGAUGUGAGUCUCAAAGGUGAGGCAAGAAUAAAGUUUAACGCCAAGACAGUGCGCUUGCAAGGAUGGACUGAUGUAGAUACCACUAACUUGAAGAGAGAGCAAAAGAGGAGGAUCCGUAUUAGGUGGAGGAACGACCAGGAUCUUAGUUUUCUAGAGAUUGAGUUUCAAAAAGCGGGAGGACAUGCGACAGAGAUGGAAGACAGGCAAGCUAUGACAUGUUGCAGGACGGCAGGGGAGAGGUCAAUUAGAUUAUCAUUCGAUUAGAAAGCGCCAAAGAACAAAUAUGGUAUAAAAUUGAACAAUCUUUGAUUCAGACUGAGCAGUGCAAUACUGAUCUGAGCUCUUUAUUCUGGCAAAUAAAUAAUAAACAGAGAAGCUCCUUUAUAAUCAAACUUGACAGCAUAUUAAAGUGUUGGGAGAAAUGCAUAAAAUAUUUAUCCAUUCAAAAUAAAAGAAUGACUUGCCUUCCUAUAGUUUAUCUAUCUUAUAAUAUAGUUGACCUUAACAUACAAAAUUGGUUUAAACUAGGGAUGCACCAAAAUGAAAAUUUUGGGCCGGAAUCAAAAAUUCAGGAUGCCCUUUGCCGAAAAUACUUUUUUCACCAAAUGAUUUAAAAAAAAUGUUUUCCUAUAAUAUUAUUAUUAGACUUUUUAAUGAAUGUAAUUAAUCUAAUAUGAAAAACUUCCCUUCUCUUUUAGUGGUCCCCCCUGCUUAAUGAUACUCUCUGCCCGCCCUCUUUUUUUAGUGUUCUUUCCCCUUCCUUCCCCAGUCCUAUAGUGUUCUUUCCUCCCCCUCCCCAUAUUUUCUUUCCUCCCGUUUAUAUUUCUCCCCCUCCCGUCCAUAUUUUUUCUUUCCCCCUCCCGUCCCAUAUUUUCUUUCCUUAUUUUUUCCCCCUCCCGUCCCAUAUUUUCUUUUCCCCCUCCCUGUCCAUAUUUUUCUCCCCCCCUCCCCUGUCCCAUAUUUUCUUUCCCCUCCCUCCCUGUCCCAUAUUUUUCUUUCCCCUCCCCUGUCCCUCUUCUUUCCCUUAUUUUCUUUUCCCCUCCCUCCCUGUCCCAUGUUCCUCUCCCUUCUGUCCCCCCUCCUGUCCAUAUUUCCCCUCCUGUCCUAUUUUUCUCCCUCUCUCCCUGUCCCAUAUUUCUCCCCCCUCCCUGUCCCUAUAUUUCUCCCUCCCCUGUCUAUUUCUCCCCUCCUGUCCAUAUUUCUCCCCUCUGUCCAUAUUUUCUCCUGUCCCAUAUAUUUCCCCCUGUCCCAUAUUUCCCCUGUCCAUAUUUCCCCAGGUCCCAUAUUUCCCCCCAUAUUUCCCGAUCCCAUAUUUCCCCCAUAUUCCCAUAUUUCCCCAGGUCCAUAUUUCCCCAGUCCAUAUAUUUCCCCAGGUCCCAUCUUUCCCAGUCCCAUAUUUCCCCCAGGUCCCAUAUUUCCAAGUCCCAUAUUCCCUGCCCCCAUUUCCCAUUUUCCCCGUCUAUAUUUUCCCCAGAUAUUUCAAUCCCAUAUUUCUCCCCAUCCCUGUCCCAUAUUUCCCCCCUGUCCCCUGUCCCAUAUUUCCCCUGUCCCAUAUUUUGGUCCCAUAUUUCCCCCAGUCCAUAUUUCCCCAGUCCCCAUAUCAUUCCCCAUCCCAUAUUUCCCCGGUCUCCAUAUUUCCAGUCCCAUAUUUCCCCAGGCCCCCAUAUUUCCCCAGUCCCAUAUUCCCCCGUCCAUAUUUUCCCCCUCCCCAUAGAUCCAUUCCGCCCCCCCAGGUCCCAUAUUUCCCUCCCAUAUUUCCCCAGUCCCUCUUCCCCAUGCCGUCCUUAUUUCCCAGGUCCAUAUUUUCCCCAGAUCCCUCCCAUUUUCCCAGAUCCAUAUUUCCCAUCAUUUUCCCCUCGCUCCAUAGAUCCCCCAUAUUUUUUUCCAUAUUUUCCCAGUUUUCAUCCCCAUGUUUUCCCCCAUUCCAUAUUUCCCUCUCCCGCUCUCCCCCUGAUAUUACUUCAAAAGUGUUGGUGGCGUCUCCUAGGGGCAAUGUGACAAAUCUCUCUGAAAGGCUCAAUCCUAUUUAAACAUACUGUAUUGUGGCCCCCCAAUAGUGUUCUUCAGUGGCCACUUGGAGGUCUCCCUAGGGGCAAUGUAAACAGGCAAAUCUCUCUGAAAAGGCAGUGUGCUUGAAAAUGCCUGCAUUUAAUUAUACUCACCAGAACAACUACAGUAAGCUGUAGUUGUUCUGGUGACUAUAGUGUCCCUUUAAAUAUAUUGGAAAAGCUAUUGACAAAUCCUACUCAAACAAAGUUAGUAGCUGGUUGUCUAGAACUGGUUAAUAGUGAUCUUGAUAUACCUAUUGAACCCAUUAUUAAGGAGUGGGGCACAGAAUAAAUUUUCAAAUUAGUUGCGAUCAAUGGAGGAACUCUUGGAACGAGGUUUAUUAAAAACGUUCACUGUCUCAACUUAUUGGAGAGCCACUACAAGCUCUUAAAUAGGGUGGUACUUGGUUCCAAGUAGCUUGUCCAAGAUCUUUUCAGAUCAACUACAUAAUUGCUGGAGAUGAUCAGGAGUAAGAUUCAAGCAUUAAUUUGUAAACCUUUUUAUUUUUGUCCUGAUCUAUUUAAAUCUUAGCUCAACAUCCGACAUGUUUUUGGAAAUCACUCCCCCGUGGUUACUCUCAUACUGCUAGCUGCAAAAAUUAUGAUGGUCAGACAGUGGGAAAACACAAUUUUUCCAAUUUGGUCUCUGGUUAAGGAGCAGCUGAAAUUACAACUAAAAAUGGAAAGUGGCAUUACUAAGGUUCCCCAAGAUGUGAUUUUAUGGUUAGAUUUCAUACAGAGUUCUCUAAAGGGUGAUUAUGCUCCUUGAUGGUUCGUUUAUUUCUAGUAUCUAUUCCAUACUUGUAUCAGUCUGACCCAGGGUUGCCCCCAUGAUUUCGUACUAACUCCAGGACUCCACCUUGGGGACUCACCCACUGACGCAAGGGACAUAUGAAAAAUAGUUUUUUAGCAGUUUUGUUUUGUUUGUCCAAUGUCUGUUUUAAGUUUGUUGUCUAUUUGUAUUUUGCCUACAUUGUACACUGAUUUUGAAUGCUUGUCUAUGAUCUGGUCAUUAUGUAUUACUACAUGCAUACUUUGUAGAUUACAUUUUGUACAGCAAGUGUUAUUAAUUACAUAAUGUGUAAUUAUAUGGAUAAUUAAUAAAAAAUAAACAUUGAAGAAAAAAUGCAAUAAUUACAUGCUCAGGGUCGAGGUUAAUGAGUUUGCACCCAUACCACUUCAGUGAGCUGAAGCGGCCUGGGUGCCUACAGUGUCCUUUUAAAGGGACACACUGGGCACCAAAUAUUUGAUAGAUUUUUUGCCUUUAAUAUGCUAAUAUUAUGUAUUUUUGCAAUUCUGCCUCCUUAGCCAUGCCCCUUAUGAGAAACCACAAACUGGUAGUGAUAUCUUCACUAUAUACCUCCCUGGCCAUCCUCUCCUUCUAAUGCAGGUUGCUUUGUAGUUGAUCACUCAGUACUGUGAAUGACUGAGCUCAGUGCAUACCUUUUGAUAAGGAAGUCUUUUUCAGCAUUGAAUGGGUGUGGCUAGAGGGGCAGCCUUACACAAAGCAUUUAACUAUUUUAUGAAGGGAAAAAAGCGACAAAAUAGCAUAUUAAUGUAGCCAAAAUGUGUCAAAUGCAUUAAAGUAAUAUUGGUGUCCAGAGUGUUCCUUUGAGUUAAAGGGACACUGUGCUUACUAUAAUCUUUUAAUCUCUUUGGAUUCCCCAGACAUUUUAGAGUAGUAUAACACUAAAUAAGGUUCCCGAGCCACCAAUGAAAAGACAGCGGAUGGAUGCCUGUGGACACAAUUUCUGUGUAAAACUGUAUGUAAACUAGAAGUUGAGAUGGUGACAGGGGCAUUACAACAACAUAUCAGUUCCCUUGUUCCUUUAAGUUGAAUUCUGAAAUGGUUUGCCUUUUAAAGAUCUUAAUAUUUUUUUCCCCACCCUCUCAUCAAUAGACAUGCCACUUGCCUAUUGUGUUUGAUGGAAAUUUCAGACCUAAUUUUACCACAUAUCUCUAACAUAGUGAAGCAUAAAAAGCUUUUCUGUAACCUUGCAAUUCAUUAGGUGAAUCCUGAACUCCGAACAGAGCUGGAAGCUCGAGGUCUACAUUUUGUUGGUCAAGAUACAGAAGGGGAGAGGAUGGAAAUUGUGGAGUUGGAAGGUAUAUACCACCCUUUCCACCUGUGUACAUUGUGAGCUACAAUGAUGUAUAUAAUUAUCUUUUUGUGUACUUACUGUGACCCAUUUGCAUUACAGAUCACCCAUAUUUUGUUGGUGUCCAGUAUCAUCCAGAGUUUACAUCUCGUCCUAUCAAGCCAUCACCCCCAUAUUUUGGUCUCCUCUUGGCAUCGGCAGGGAAGCUUACUCAGUACUUAGAAAGGGGUUGUCGCCUUUCUCCCAGGUAGGAUUUCCUACCUAAGGCAGGACAUGUAGGGAUUUCUAGUUAAGAAAAGUAAUGCCCUGUAAUACCAAAUAUAUUUUCUAUUUUUGUGACCGCAUUGGCAAUCCCCUGGCCUCAAAGCGAUGCUGCUAAUCUUUAACCAUUCUUAUCUACGUGCGCAAGGAUAUAUAUUUUUUUCUUUCAGUGGGCUAGGCAUUUAUAACUAUGUAUUCAAUGUGUGCAUGUUUAGUUAAAUGCUCUUUGUGCUGUCACUGUGUGUCUCAACUUGUUUAUGGAGAUAUUGACUGCUGUUUCUUUUUGCCCCACAGAGAUACAUACAGUGAUAGAAGUGAAAACAGCUCUCCAGACACAGAAAUCGCAGAGCUAAAGUUCUCAUUGAUAAAUCACAAUUGAUCACUGGUAAUGCAUAUAGGGCUUGUCAUGUUUUCCAAAUAACUCUUAAUGUUGUCACCUUUUAUGUGCAGUUAAAGGUUCACCACAUUAGUCUGCAUAGAUCGCAAUGUUUAAACCCAUUAGAUUUGUGCACAAAUCCCGAUUAUCUGUUGAUCACUGGAAAAACAAAUCGAUUGUUUGUAUUCUGAUUAACAGGCACUAGUUCUUUCAGCACAGAUGCACAAGUCUGCUGUAUAUCCUCUAAGAGGUAUUCAUACUAAAUACGGAAUGGACAAAAUCACCUGAAAACCAUGUCCUGUUAAACCAGAACAGAUCGCAGAGAGUGUCUCAAUAAAGAAAUUAAGGAUUUAUGAUGUUCUGGGUUGUCAGUGGGCACAUGAAAUAAAUAUAUAAAUAUAUAUAUAUAUAUAUAUAUUUUUCGUCUGAGCCAUCUUCUAAGGCACAUUCAUUUGUUUUGUUAUUUAAUUACCUCAUCAGUCACAGGUACUUGAGAUGUUUUAGCUGUUUUUAAAAGUCACCUAUAUUGUGUUUUAUUUUGUUUGCAGUUGGAUUGCUUGCAUAAUGCGAAAGGCAUAGAUUAAUGCGCUAUUACCCACGCAGGGGUUCCGUUUUUUCAUAGGCAUAGGAUAAUGGAUGCACAUGUGCCUGCGCAGAGGCUAAGUAAGGUUAUACAAAACAAUAUCUGUCAUCUGUAUAUUCCAUGCUUAUAGUAUCUGGAUUACGGAUCUGCGGUGCACAUCGCCUACUCAAAAUAACAUUAAUCUCAUGCAGAGCAAGAUAUAAGCAUCAUGUAAAUUAACGUAGAGAGCAUUUGAUCACCGUCACUGAGGCAUACACAUGAACUCAUGCGCCCCGGUUGUGCAUAUGUACCUAUUUUUUCGUACACUCAGGGUAAGCCUGGUGCACUUAAUGUGUUCCAGAUAUGUAUCGUAUGCGCGGUGUCCAGUGGCCUGGGCGGGCCCAUUAAAAUAAUAAAUCCGCAGUCAGUGGCUAUGUGCUAUAGCACCUGGUGACAAUGCGUGAGAAAAGUGCCAGCUUUAAUUGUGUAUUUUGGCAGACGUCCACUGACUUAUAUAGGGCGCAGCUCGCGGGGAGAGGGCUUUAACUGUUUAAAUCCGCCCAUGUAUAGCGCUCUGUGCUGAAGCCUCAUUAACGGUCACAAAAGUUAUAGUAAUGCAUUCAAAAAUGCCUAACCGUUAUACGCCCAGGUAGCGGUCAGAGCAGGUCUUCAUAAUGGGCAACAGCUCUCACCGGUGUAAAUCUCCACCAACAUCCGUAUAGCUGGUGUGCUUGUUCCUCCGGCCAGGCAAUCAGGCAUCCAUUCUCUGUCUGCAGCUGUCCUCAUGCAGGCCUAUGCAGUUGUGUGGGCCAGGUUAAUCAGUCUCGGUGUUCCCCUUGAAUUUUUGGUCAUAGUCUGGUAUCAUAUGGUUGCUUGGGUAGUACCUCAUUGCAUUGUAGCAUGUAAUCCGGCCCUGGGGCAGGUUGUGAGCGUGUUUUAUGCCGUUGUUUAGGGCUUAAGCUCGGAGCCACGUUGCUAUGCUGCUUGGCGGGCCGGCCACGUCCCCGUGUUUUGCGUAUUUUGUUUGGUUUUUUUUCUCAGGUUUUUUUUUUUUUUUUCUCUCAUUGAGUGCAAGGUAUUCACUAUAUUUCCAUAGACCCUUUUGGAUAUUUGUAAAAUGCCAGUCCACACACCUUAUACAUUGGUUUUGUCUAAUCUAGUGCUUUUCUAACAUUUCGUUAUAAGCAACAAACAAAUUCAGAGUUAUUUAUUAAAGUGAGAACUAAAACUAAAAGGUUUAAAAUUUAAAUUCACUUCGAAUUUUCACUUUAGUGUAUAACUCUGACUUCAAGGCUCUUGUAGUCAUGCAGUAUGCAUGUGUAAUGUGUCCGUAAAAUGUUGAGAGUAACUGGUCCAAUUAUAAUCUUAACUUGCUCACAUCUCACCACAAGCAGAAUUUGUCUACAGUGUAGUGCGCGCUUAUGAACUUAACACGUUAACGCAGUUGGGGCAGGCUAUGACUUAAGCAUGACCUAACGAGCAGCACACAGGCCCAGAUACAUACAUCCAUUGCGAUCCCAGGCAGUCCCCCUUACAGCAAAUCCCACCAAUCAACGCCAUGGUCGCCAGUUAACAUCACUGUCUGCAGGGGCCACUCCUUGGGUUGUCAGGCAGAUCCCCCAAGUUAUAAUUCCUAAAAAGAACAUUUUUAAAAACUCAUAAUUAUGGGGAGGAAAUAUAAAUACACACUAAGAAUAUUUAUUUAUAGUAUCAAAAUCAACUUGGAAUAAAAAUAUAUAUUAUUCUGUGUGUGUAUUCAUUUUACAUAAUUAUGUGAUUUUUAUUCAUUCUAAUUUGAGGGGUUUGCCUUGCAAAGAAUUCUCUUCUAAACAAAGAGAAUUUAAUUUGCAAGCCCUAUAUGUGACCCUGGAUCUUUGCAAAUACUACAUAAAACCUGUUCAUGGGUGGUACUGAUGUACUUGUGAAACAUCACUGAACACAAGUAUGAGUAUUUUAGAGGAGUAAAAUGUAUAUUGAAGAAAUCAAUAAAAGUUUUUGUGUGAAAAAUGCAAAAAACUAAUAUGACCGUUAAUGUUAUCUAGGGUUUCUGACAAAGUGGCUAUUAAAAAAGACUGUAUAUGGGGGGCAGGAGGUAUCAUGGAAGUGUUCCUUUAUGUUAGGUGUAUAAGAAAACUAUAUAUCAAGGUAGGAGAUUUGCCUGUAAGCUUUAUACUUAAGCAUUGUCUUCUCUCUUUGUUUUAGGCGGUGUUUAUUUAUUGCCCCAUGAAGAAGCAAUCUCAGAUAAGAUAACCCUUUUGAUUUCUAAACUUUUGUUUAAAGCCAUCAUACCAACUCUUUGUGUUUACCAUGGGUAUGAUGCCAUUCCCUCAUCUGUUUAAGACUGUAGGUUUCUAUAGAUCGUAUUGUCAUUCCUCUGGAGCAGAUACUUGGUGGCGAUUCAGCAGCACUGGAAUGGAAGAGCAUGAUGCUGCCAGCCACAGAGUAUUUGAGAGAGCUUCUUCUAUACUAGACAUGCUGCGUGACAAAGCAAUAAUUGAGGAUUUAUUCUGUUCUUGCUUGUAUUUAAGACAUUCCAAAAAGAUCAUGAUUUUAGUUUGCAAAUAUCUGAACAAGUCCUUUGCACUGAACAGCUGACACCUGAUGCCUGAAACCUUUUUAAUAUGCUAGUGGUCUUUUUGAUCUGCAGGUGUUAUUGAAGUAUUUACUGAAUAUUGACUUUCGCUCUCUCUCUUCAAUGCAAUGGGUUAGUAUAUUUUCCAUUGCUAGUUACAUGACCUAGUAAUUUACUUGGCUUAAGUGCUACAGACAUUUACAAACACACCAUUUGUCACCCCAUACUGCCGUCCUGAAAGAUUGUAUUUGGGACCCAGGUAGUUCAAUUUUUGAAGGACAGUCAAUGUAAUGCUCUACCCAGGUCUUUACGUGUGUUUACUUACAUGGUGACUUUCUACAAGAUCUCUAUUACCUGUCAUUAAGUGUUUUGUUCCUGCAUCCAUUACCUGCAAACGACUAAUGCAUACAUGACUACUCUUUCCAGAGCCCGUUCUGUGCCAAAACCUGUAAUUUUUUUUACAAUAGAAUAUAACCUUUCCUUGGACUGAAGGAAUAGAACAUUUAGGGAUGCCUGAGUGUUUUAUUGUCUGGGUUUUCUUUAGUUUGAAUAUUGUGUUGGUCAUAAAUAACUUUGCAUAAGGCGUUUCAAAUAAAGCUGGUUGGUGAGUUUUUUUAAAUGUGUGUGUUUAUUAGUCAUCUUAAAGUUAUUUUAUUUUGGUUGGUGAAAAUACCAAGGAGCUUUGCGUAUCACUGGAAAUGGAAUGGUCACAUAUAUUGCACUGACCCAGGUAUUUUAUCAGGUAACGUGUCAAGGUAACAUUCAAAAUGUAGAUGAAUGCACAAAUGGUGUAAAAAUAAAAAUAUAAUCUGCAAUUUUAUUUUUUCUAUGCCUUUGGAUUACCAUCUGAGGAAUUUCACCAUCACCACAAGUUAAUUUGAGAUGUUAAAAAAUGACUCCUGAUGAGCUAAAGCAUUUUUAUAAUUGCCUUUUUAUGUUCUUUCAAGUGUAAAAAUUU